GUAAAAAGCGAAUACUUUCACUUUUUAGCAUCGCACAAUGUUAUGUAGAUGUGAAUUUAAAUUACAUUAAAAUUACCAUUAAAAUUUAAACUAUACUUUAAUUUUUAAACCACGUGUUGUGUGACGUAAAAGUUCAGAGGUGAAAGCACGCCCACAUGUCCGUCGGCGGCAUGGUGGUAUUUUAGAUCGUGAAAUUAGCUUGUGGCUAACGCGUUUCCGGUGAGUGAUGAAGACUGCCACAGGAAACACGAGCAUCAUGGACAUGUUUGAAGAGGGGAAAGUGGUGAAAAUUUGUGCCCCAAUGGUUCGGUAUUCAAAGCUGGCUUUCAGGUCUUUGGUCAGGAAGUACAGCUGUGAUGUGUGUUUCACCCCAAUGAUAAUUGCUGCAGAUUUCUUGAGAUCCGUCAAAGCCAGAGACAGCGAGUUCACCACCAACACAAGUGACCGGCCCUUGAUUGUCCAGUUUGCUGCUCAGGAUACGCAGACUCUGGCUGAUGCAGCCUGUGUGGUGGCUCCCUUUUCAGAUGGAGUUGAUCUCAACUGUGGAUGUCCUCAGAGAUGGGCGAUGUCUGCUGGCUAUGGCGCUUGCCUCAUCAACAAGCCUGAACUCGUUAAAGACAUGGUUAGACAUGUCAGGAAUCAAGUGGACAAUCCAAACUACACAGUAUCAAUCAAAAUAAGGAUUCACAAGGACUUGAGGCAGACGGUGGAUCUGUGUCAGAAGGCAGAAUCCGCUGGUGUGUCAUGGGUAACGGUCCACGGCCGUACAACAGAGGAGCGCCAUCAGCCGGUUCACUAUGACGCAAUAAAGACAAUCAAAGAGAGUGUAUCUGUCCCCGUCAUUGCCAAUGGAGACAUAAAGUACCUCCGUGAUGUGGAGUCCACUCACCAGCUUACUGGUGUCAAUGGUGUGAUGGCCGCACGGGGGUUGCUGGCCAACCCUGCCAUGUUUGCUGGAUACGAGGACACUCCUUUGCAGUGCAUAUGGGACUGGGUGGACAUUGCUGUUGAGCAAGGCACUCCGUUUUCCUGCUUUCACCACCAUCUCAUUUACAUGCUGGAGAGAGUUAGCUCCCAGCCUGAAAGAAAGGUGUUCAACUCUCUGUCCAGCACGUCUGCCGUCAUAGACUACCUCCAGAACACGUAUGGGUCAAUUCAUGACCUAGAACCAUAAAUGUGCCUGUUUUAAUGUUUUUAAGUCAAGUAUUUUUGUUGUUAUGUCAAAUAAAGAUGCAAUUUUAUA